AUGCAGUUCACCAUCACCGCUGUUUUGGCUUUCGCCGCCACCGCCGCCUUCGCCGCUCCCCUCGACGAGCGCCAGGUUGGUCUCUGCUCUUCCGGCAACCCCGUCUGCUGUGCUACCGACGUCCUGAACCUCGCCAACUUGGACUGCGCUCCUCCUUCUACUACCCCAACCAGCAUCAACGCGUUCAUCGACGGAUGCGCUGCUGAGGGCCAGCAGGCCAAGUGCUGCCUCAUCCCCAUUCUCGGCCAGGCCCUUAUCUGCUCCGACGUCAACCCCACUGCCGGCACCACUACCGCCGCCGCCAACAAGCCCUACUAA